AUGGAGCGCUUCUUCUCGCACCGCCAAGAUGGCGAAGAUUGCAGCAAUAUUGAGGUCGACGUGGGCAUGGGCAGCUCCGACAUAAGUCUACUUCUGCUGCAUGGUCCUCAGCGCUCUGGAAAGAGCUCGCUCGCGCUGCAGUAUGCGUUUGAGCUCGUGAAGCGGGGUGGGACCGAGACCAGCGUCGUGCUCGUGUCCCAUGCUAGCACGAAGGCCAACAAUCGUCUGCGCCUUGUGCGCGUCGCGCCGUGCGAGAGCUGCCACACGCCAGCCGAGUCGGGCCAGGACAGCGUCGUCUGGAGCCGCAUUCGCCUCAAGUACCUCGAGAGCGCCGCCCAGCUGCGCCACUUUGUCUGCUCGUUCCACAUGCUCGAGGGCAAGAACACCGCCUUGAUCAUCGACGACCUCGACCUCUUUUGCACGGCGCCCACCGAGGUCUACCGCAGCCUCGCCUUCAUCAAGGAAACCAUCGAGUUUAUGCGCGCGAAAUUCGAUGCUGGCCAAGCCCUUGUACUCAGCAGCUCGGCGCUCCUACCGCGGGACCUCCGGCGAACGCUUCGGCGCUGGUUCGACCUGAUCUUGCAGAUAACGCCAGGCAACAACGAUGCGUUCGUGAUCCAGGAAGAGAUGUGGCCGAGCAUCACUGGCGACGACUGGGCCGAGCUCGUGCCACUGUUCCCGCCCUCGUACUGCGUCGAGUACACGUUUGUGCCCAACAGCGACGAUGCCCAGGGCUACCUUCAGUUUACGCGGGCCAGCCUCCGACAGUAGACAAACACAUGCUGUCGUCGUAGAAUAUCUGUCGUGUGCUUAAGGCAAGGGAAUGUGGCUAUGGCGAGUGUCGGCGCCACUGGUUGCGCAUGGUCCAGCC